AGUGUAACCUGACUUCUUCCCAACGGCUUGUUUUGAUGGCCAAUGCGCUAUUAUAUGACCUGAAAUGGCCCUCUUUUGUGAUAAACAACUUUUUAAAAUUAAAAGGAACAGGUAGGAUAAUGUUGUUUGAAGAUGAUCACUAAAUUCACAUAUUGCACUCUGUAAGGUUUUGCUUUAAUAUGUUGCUUAAAUAAUAUGCCAUCAUUGUGCUUUCACAGAUCUAAGAAAAUGGGAACUUCUACCGUCUGGUCUCCUCCAAGAAGUAAUAGCGGGACAGGUUAAGACCAGAAACCAGCUAAAUCCCCUUUUGAUUUUUUUCCGACCACAUGGAACUUGCGAAGCCACCAAAAACGCUGUCACUUAGUGGAGUUGGGCAGUUGCCAAUUGUCCAACAAGAAGGCCUGGUUUAGGCUGCGAUGGCCACUGUCAUUCCCGGUGAUUUGUCAGAAGUAAGAGAUACCCAGAAAGUCCCUUCAGGGAAGCGUAAGCGUGGUGAAACAAAACCAAGAAAAAACUUCCCUUGCCAACUGUGUGACAAGGCAUUUAACAGUGUUGAAAAAUUAAAAGUCCAUUCAUACACUCACACAGGAGAGAGGCCCUACAAGUGCACGCAGCAAGACUGCACCAAGGCCUUUGUUUCUAAAUACAAAUUAUUAAGGCAUAUGGCUACACAUUCUCCAGAGAAAACCCACAAGUGUAAUUAUUGCGAGAAAAUGUUUCACCGGAAAGAUCAUCUAAAGAAUCACCUUCAUACGCAUGAUCCCAAUAAAGAAGCAUUUAAGUGUGAUGAAUGUGGAAAGAACUACAAUACCAAGCUGGGGUUUAAACGUCACUUGGCCUUGCAUGCUGCUACAAGUGGAGACCUGACAUGUAAAGUAUGCUUGCAGACUUUUGAAAGCACAAUGGUGCUGCUAGAGCACCUAAAGACCCAUGCAGGCAAAUCUUCCAGUGGUGUUAAGGAGAAAAAACACCAAUGUGAGCAUUGUGAUCGUCGCUUUUACACCCGCAAAGACGUCCGCAGACACAUGGUAGUGCACACUGGGAGAAAAGACUUCCUUUGUCAGUAUUGUGCACAGAGGUUUGGACGCAAGGAUCAUCUAACCCGUCAUAUGAAGAAAAGCCACAAUCAAGAACUGCUGAAAGUGAAAACGGAACCUAUGGAUCUGUUGGAUCAUUUCACCUGCAGUGUUCCUAUUAAAGAUGAGCUGCUUCCCGUGAUGUCCUUAUCUUCCAAUGAGCUGACAUCAAAGCCAUUUACAAAUAGUUUGCAGUUGAACCUCUAUAACACACAAAUUCAGUCCAUGCAGAGUUCUGCAGCAACACACCAAAUGGUCGCUCCACCAUUGUCUUUGGGCAUGCCAUGCCAUAUAGAUAUGGAUUCUGUCCAUCCUUCUCACCAGCUUUCGCUGAAAUACCCACUCAAUUCUACCUCAUAUGCAGUUUCAAUGCCUGAUAAGGAACAACCAUUGAAAGUGGAGAUCGAAAGUUACCUUAUGGAAUUGCAAAGUGGAAUGACUCCCUCCUCCCAGGAGUCUCCUUCGUCUAAGUUAGGUCUGGAUCCUCAAGUAGGGCCAUUAGAUGACGGUGCUGAUGGAGUAUCCCUCUCUAAAAGUUCUGUUUCGAUUGGCGAACCUCUAAACGCAUCUUCAUUAGACUUUAACCAGCUGUUUAAUUUUAUACCAGCCAAUGGUCCACCGUACAGCACACCUGUAUCGCUUGGAAGUUUAGGGAUGGGCUACUCUCAAGAAGAGGCCAGUUCAUCGAUGGCCCAGCUCCCCCAACAAUCACAGGAUCCUCAAGACCCUAGCAAUAUGUGUUUUGGUUCUUUACACUCAUUAUCCGCUGCUUUUACAAGCAACCUCAAUACAACCACAACAUUGCCACGAUUUCAUCAAGCUUUCCAGUAGGAUUUAUUACAAUGGAUUGCCUUAGAUAGCUGUUUUUUUUUAAAAAUCUUAGUGCCAAUGAAAAGGCUUUUGGAACACCUGAUAGUCUAUUCAUUAACAAUCUCAUUAAGCCAGUACAUUGUUAGCUCUUCACAAGUGUCUUAAUUGUUUACUUGGGUAUUAGAUGCCUUACUAUAUGUGGUCGUAUUUUAUACUGCCAGCUGUGUCUUGGUUUAAUUUUUGUUCCUACCUUUAGAAAUAGAUCUUCUUGGCUCAGCUUCCUAUGAAAUUCCACUUAAAAGAAGAAUCAGGGGCUGAAAUACUCCGAUGAUGGUUUUAUGUGAACAUAUAACCUACAUUACUAUGAACUGUGAUGAGUCAAAUCUAUUCCUUAUUCGGUUGGCAAAUCGAUGAAAUGUAACACACCUAUGUGCACCAGCCUGCAUCCGACUGGCAAGCAAAUUUCAGUAUUACGCAAUGCAAUAAUUUGUAAAAUGUUGGUUGCACCUUUGCAUGAAUCUGGAUUAAGAAUUGAGUUCACUGAAAAGUAGUUAACUUCAGCCCCUUGUUUGGCAUUUUAAAUUGCUGUGCUUCCCCACCCCCGAAGAUUGUAUAGAAUUGCCUUAACCCGUAGUAUUUGACUACUACACAUGUGCCUUCAAUAAGCCAGUGUCCUAUAUAUCUAUAUGUAUGUUAUUCUAUGCGACUAUCUGUUUGAAUGGUUCUGUACUGCCGUUCAUUAGAUAUACGCUGCCAGCACUUGCAAAGAUAUGUACUUGGUUAGGAAUGAAUUUUUUUGCCAUUACCAAGAUUUCAAAUCGGGACUCUAUGGAGUUGCAUAAAAGCAUAUUGCUUAUACCACUUUGCUUGGUAACCGUUAUAUCUUGCCCCAUCAACAUGCUCUGCUAUCUGUUAGGCAUUAGGAAGAAAAACAGAGUCUAUAGCCGAAGAGUUACAUGGUUUAAUAUAUAUAAAAAUAUAUAUAAAUAAAUUAGUUAUAAUAAUGCGUACCAGAUGAAAUGUGGCAGGGCAUAAAUAUAAACAUUAUGGGAAUUAAGUUUCCAUUUUAUUUUCUUAGUAAAACUUUUAGUUAUUUUUUUUUCCUGUAACUUGUAAAUAUUCAUGGUAUGUUUUAACAGUAUUUUCUUUUAAAGGCAUUAUAUAGUAGAAAUAGUAUUUUUAAAAUGCAAACUGCUUUUAUGUUUCAGAGUUAAAGGAAAAAACGAGAGAAAAAAACAAAAAUAAGAAAUCUGUGCUUAUGAAUUGCACACACGGCUCUGAUUAAAACUUCAUCGUAUAGUUUCUAUGAAACCAAUUACUGGCUUUCAUUGAGCAUCUAUUGUUCGGUGUUGCCUUUUUUUAUUUUUUUU